AUGGCACGCCAUGGAGAUGCGGUGCUUGCGGGAGAUGCGGUGCUUGCGGGAGAUGAUCAUGCUCUCAAUCUCACAGCACCCUGUGAUGCCGAGAAGCGGCACCACGAGGUGGACGAGGUUGAUCUGCUGCCCGGCCACAUCUGGCACAUCAUCUUCCGCCACCUGCUGGACGAACGGGAUCAUCACUCCAAGUCCUCAUUCGCAUCGCUGCAGGGAACUGCCACUAGCAGCAUGGAGUCCGGAGCCACAGCCACUCCACCUUCUGACUUCUCAGAGCAGCAUGCGAAGGCCAUGGAUCACUUCGGCUCGUCUUGGCCUCUGCUACGCUACGCCAUGGCCAGCAAGAGGCUCCUCCAGCAUGUCGUCUCCUUCUCCGUGAGUCGUCACCUCAUCACGCACUGCUUCCCUCAUUCCAUCAUCGAACAAUUCAGAGUUGCCAGGUUGCUCCUCUACCAUCUCUCUACCAUCUCUCUACCAUCUCUCAACCGUCUCUCUACCAUCUCUCUACCAUCUCUCCGCCAUCUAUACGCCAUCUCUCUGUCCAUGCCCCUCGAGCAGGAGUUCGAGCUUCGGGCGCUGCUGUUCAACACCAAAGUCCCCUGGGUGGCAGGAAUGCUCUCCUACUUCCUCCGGCACGCGGCUCACACGUCCCUUUAUCUCAUGCUCAACACAAACCAGGACAUGCAGUGCAUCAACCGUCUCUUGCAGCCCUCUGCGCGCUCCCUCACAAGCCUGUCCAUUGAGGUCAUGUACCGGCCCAGGAAGGGUUUUCAGGAGAGGGAGCAGCUGAUGCGUCCGGCAUUUCUGGGGGAGUUUGAGCAGCUGGAGCUGCUGGAGCUAGGCUGUGGCAUCUGGAAACUAGACAAGCUGAAUCCAGCAAGGCUUCGGGCUUUAAGGCGUCUGAGAAUCGAGGAUUUCGACUGCGACAGACAUGCUCUGUCCUUUCUCUCAUCCGUCGCACCGCAGCUGCAUGAACUCAAUCUCUUUUCCUCCAGUCAUGGCUCUGGCACCACCACGCUCGAUUUUGAGCUCACCGCUGCUCGAAAAAUCGCAGUCUGCUUUGAGAAUCAAUCGGUCAACCUCCGCUUCGCCGUUGCUCCCUCUUUGAAGUCCUUCUCUGCCGCUGCCAAGUUUCUCAACGUCCACUGCACAUGUGACAGCCCCCUCUAUCUCGACUUACUUUCUCUGAGUGGCCACGCACGUCUCUCCGUUUCUUCGCUCCCAAUAUCUUCCGCCAGAUUUGUCUACUGGAACGAUUUAACCACCCACGCUCGCUUGACCGACCUGCUCAACCAUAUAGCGCCGUCAGUUGAGAGGCUUAGAAUGAUGUAUGACUGGCCUCUGGUGGGCGUGCAUGCGGAGUGGAGCAGCCUGUGCGCCCUUACCAUUGGUGCGGACCGUGACGAGGACGGGUUUUUUUUUCGAUGA